AUGGCUCAAGAGGAAGCUGCUGCCCGGACGGAGAAAGUCAUCCGGAUCCAGAGGGUGUUUAUAAACCUGCUGGACACCUACAGCAGCGGAAACAUCGGGAAGUUUCUAUCUAACUGUGUAGUUGGGGCUUCACUUGAAGAAAUUACAGAAGAAGAGGAAGAAGAGGAUGAAAAUAAGCCAACUCUCCUGGAAGCCUCAUCAGCCAAACUGAAAGAAGGCACAUUCCAGAUUGUGGGCACACUUUCCACACCCGAAAGCCAUUGGCCCAACUUUGCCGUGGAGACAUACUCUGCCAUCUCUCGAGAAGACCUUCUUAUGCGCCUGCUGGAGUGUGAUGUUAUUAUUUAUAACAUCACUGAGAGCCAUCAGCAGGUGGAAGAAGCCAUAUGGGCAGUCUCUGCACUGAAUGAAGAAGUCAGCCAUUUUGAAAAGCGAAAGGUAUUUAUUUUAGUAUCCACGGUGAUGACUUGGGCACGAUCAAGACCUCUGGACCCUGAUGAUACUGAGGUUCCAUUUACUGAAGAGGAGUAUCGAAGAAGAAGGAAUCAUCCUAACUUUCUCGACCACAUAAAUGCUGAAAAAAUGGUUCUCAAAUUUGGAAAAAAUGCCAAAAAAUUUGCAACUUACGUGGUUGCUGCUGGACUUCAGUAUGGAGUGGAAGGAGGCAUUUUACAUACUUUUUUCAAGAUAGCUUGGUUGGGUGAGGUUCCUGCAUUACCAGUUUUUGGAGAUGGAACAAAUGUAAUUCCAGCAAUUCACGUUCUUGAUCUAGCAGGAGUGAUACAAAACAUAAUAGACCACGUUCCAAAGCUUCACUACCUGGUUGCUGUGGACGAGUCUGUUCAGACCCUGGAAGACAUAGUCAAGUGCAUCAGUAAAAAUACUGGCCCUGGGAAAGUCCAGAAAUUACCCAAGGAAAAUGCUUUCCUAACCAAGGACUUAACACAAGAGUGUCUUGACCAUUUGCUUGUCAACUUGAGAAUGGAAGCGCUCUUUGUGAAGGAGAAUUUUAACAUUCGAUGGGUUGCCCAAACAGGAUUUGUGGAAAAUAUCAACAAUAUCCUCAAAGAGUACAAGCAAAGCAGAGGAUUACUGCCAAUUAAGAUUUGUAUUCUCGGUCCUCCUGCUGUGGGAAAAUCGAGUAUUGCUGAAGAAUUGGCCAAGUACUACAAACUGCAUCACAUCAAACUGAAGGAUGUUAUUGCCGAAGCCAUAGCAAAACUGGAGUCGAUUGUUGCACCUAAAGAGAGAGCGGAAGGAGAAGAAGAAGCUGGAGAGGAGGAGGUGGAGGAGAACGUGGAAGAUGCGCAGGAGCUCCUGGAGGGCAUUAGGGAGAGCAUGGAGCAGAAUGCAGGCCGACUAGAAGAUCAAUAUAUAAUUAGAUUUAUGAAAGAAAAGCUAAAAUCUAUGCCUUGCAGGAAUCAGGGUUAUAUUUUGGAUGGAUAUCCAAAGACUUAUGAUCAAGCAAAAGACCUAUUCACUCACGAAGAUGAGGAGGAGGAAGAAGAAAUCAGAGGCAAAAUGUUUCCUUUUGAUAAAUUAAUUAUACCCGAAUUUGUUUGUGCACUGGAUGCUUCGGACGAGUUUCUGAAGGAGCGGGUGAUAAACCUUCCUGAGAGCAUCGUGUCGGGAACCCACUACAGCCAGGACCUAUUCCUCCGGGCUCUGAGCGACUACCGGGACAUCAACACUGAAGAUGAGACUGUCUUCAACUAUUUUGAUGAAAUUGAAAUCCACCCGAUACAUAUUGAUGUAGGAAAACUUGAAGAUGCUCAGAACAGACUUGCUGUCAAACAGCUCAUCAAAGAGAUUGGGGAGCCUCGAAAUUAUGGCUUAACGGAUGAAGAAAAGGCAGAAGAGGAGAGGAAGGCUGCAGAGGAGCGCCUGGCCAGGGAGGCUGCUGAGGAAGCUGAACGUGAGCACAACGAGGCUGUGGAGAUGGCAGAGAGGAUAGCUCGCUGGGACGCGUGGAAUAAACAACUAGAGGAAGUGAAAAGAGAAGAAAGGGAAUUACUGGAGGCUCAGUCUAUUCCCCUGAGAAACUAUUUAAUGACCUAUGUUAUGCCGACUCUUAUGCAGGGCCUAAAUGAGUGUUGUAAGGUCAGACCGGAUGAUCCUGUUGAUUUUCUGGCAGAAUAUCUCUUCAAGAACAAUCCUGAAAUGCAGUGA